AUGUCGCGGCCCUUCAAAAGGUACGGCCAAACAACAGCCUGGAUAGGAGUAGGUCUAGGGAACUUGGCCAGAUGGCUACCAAUUCUGGUAUCAACACCAGACAAAUCGGCAAACUCCACAGCUGGAGCCACAUCAGCAGACUUUGGGUCGUGGAUCUCGACCUCGUUGGUCUUGAGAAACUCCUCCACAGCAACGGGAUCUGUCUUGACGUCGCUCUGGCUCCUCUGCGCGGACGCAGUGUACGAAGACGAGGCCGCCGACGUAGACAACGACGAGGCAGAGUUGACCGUCUUGAGCGUGGUAGCCGCGCUGCUGGCCUGUGUGUCAGAUGUGAUCGACCGCUUGCUACUAGGAAUCGACCCGCUGGCAACGGAGCUGACCGACGCAAAGUGCGAGCCGUCCUCGGAAGCAGACGCGCUCGAGUCUGUGCGGCUCAAAGAGCCGCCAGAUAACGUCGUGCUGUCGUCCUCGUCUUCGUCGUCCACAGAGUCGCCAGACACCAAGGCCUCGAACUCCGCAGCCAGUGGAGUAGUCCACCACAACCAGGUUCUUGAUGUACAUGGAGAACGGCGCGUCGUCGUAGUUGGUCGAGCCACCCGCCCAUUCGAUCGUUCCCUGGCUGUUGCUGCUGUCUCCACCCGCCCAAAUGCCCAUCAUCAGGUACAUUGGGCUCUGAGGAUAGCCCUGGGACGAGUCGUUGGUGAGUGUUCUAAUGGCCUGGCCGUCAACGUACCAGGUGAGCGCCUCGGACGUCCAGUCGAUAGUGUAGUUGUGGUAGUCGGAUCUUGGGUCGUCCAUCUUGUGAUAUCCGCCUCUAUCGUAAGUAGCUGUGUUUCCUUUGGAGAAGUAGUUUGUCUGCACCUCGUAGCCGUCUCCGCCAAACCAUUCGAGGUCGACCUCGUCCAGGUCGUCAGAUUGCAGGUAGAACGACGAGAUCACGCCUGUUCCGUUGGCCGCCUUGAGCAGCACCUCGAUCUUACCGAACAUGAUGUAGAAGUUGGAUCUGAGCGACGGGUUGUCGAACCGCUUGGCGAGCGUGAGCUUGAGACCUUCGUCGGUGUAGAAGAUCUGAUCUGGAGUAGAGUAGACCGAGAAAUGGUCGCUUUGGGACUUGAAGUCCUCCACCACGGAGCUGGCGAGAGCUGGAUCGGCGGGACAGCCUGUGGACUUGAGAGGAUUGCAUGUGGCAGUUGCGAGCGAGACGCUGCUGGAGGCUGUGGCCGACGCCAAGCCGGCAACCAGACCGCCUAG